UGUUGGCAAUCUACUUUCUCGGGAGAUGCUUUACGAUCUUUUGGACUUUGCUCGAGAGAAGAACAUCCAUAUUAUAUCAGAUGAAAUAUUUGCGGGGUCUAUGUAUGGCAAAGAGGAGUUUGUCAGCAUGGCUGAAGUUCUUGACUCAGAGGAUUCUGAUAAAAGCAGGGUUCAUAUAGUUUAUGGGCUAUCAAAGGACCUCUCUCUCCCAGGAUUUAGGGUUGGAAUGAUCUAUUCAUUUAAUGAGAAUGUUUUAGCUGCUGCUAGAAAAUUAACUAGGUUUUCUUCUAUUUCUGCUCCAACCCAAAGGUUACUAGUUUCAAUGCUUUCGGAUACAAGAUUCAUUGAGGAAUACAUUGAGACCAAUAAAAAGAGGAUACAAAAUAUGCAUGAUUUGUUUGUGGCUGGUCUGCAAGAGUUAGGUAUUAAUUGUGCUGAUAGCAGUGCUGGCUUGUAUUGUUGGGCUGAUAUGAGCAAGUUAACCCCCACUUACAGUGAGAAAGGCGAACUUGAGCUAUGGGAUAUGCUAUUGAAUGUGGCUAAGAUCAAUGUAACUCCUGGUUCAGCUUGCCACUGCAUAGAACCAGGAUGGUUCCGGUGUUGUUUUACUACCUUAGCUCUGGAGGACAUUCCUGUGGUUAUGGGACGGAUUCGAGAAGUUGCUGAAAUCUGUACACAAUCCAGUUGAAAAUACUAUAAAUCACAUUUGAGCUAUUUGCUUUGAUCACUGCGUAAUAAUAACAUUGAUACAUUCCAGGCUUGUAAAUUAUUUACAUCCUAAUUUUCUGAAGCCAGAAACUGAUUUGGAAGCUUCAUGGGUUGUAUUGAACAGCAAAGCCGAUUGGGCCCCUAUUCUACAAGAAUUUGAGUCUUGGCUGGAACUUCUUCCAUUGUAAUCCUUCAAUCAGUUUUAUGCCAGUUCCAAAGAUGCAGCAUCCGGGAGCUCUUUCCUUAAGAAAUUCCUGUCAUAGUUUCAUUCAGGCAAGAGUAGAAUGUCAUUAGUAGAUAGUUAGAAUUACAACUUUCUGUUUCUACGGUAGUGCCAAAAGGUGAUAAUAUUGGUUUUUUGGACAAAAGAAAUGAAAGAAGACAAUUUGAAAUGCAAAUUUUGGCUCUUUUACUUUAAUGAAAAAGCAGUUUUGUUCUAGACAUACUACCUAGUUAUUCUAAAGCAGCUUAA